AUGCAUAAACUCAAAUCUAUGCGUACUCGUAAACCCCUUGAAUUCUGUAGUUAUGAUCAUAGAGCCCGUAUGAGUCGUUUACUUAACCGAGCACGACAAGUGUGGGGACACUUUUCAGGGGUGAAAGCAUUAUUAGUAAUAAAUCUGAAGCUUCUGGCGGUGAUUUUCAUUAGCCAUAAUUUCAGUGACUCAGUGCAUGCUGAAAAUUAUAUUUUAAAUGAUAACGCGACCGAUGAUGUGACACUCAGUAGUGAUGAUGGCCAGGGUAGUGACAGAUUUCAGGAUAUGUCAGACCAUGCAUCGACAACUGAAUCUUUGGAUUCGUUAAAUUCUACUGUAGUAUCUAAUCAAGGCGAUGCAUUAGGCAAUAUCGAAGCUUUUGAAGCUCAUCUUGCCACAGCUUUCACAGAAGCCAAUAUGAAUCAUCAGCAAAUUAAAAAAAAUAAAAUCAGCAAAAUUAUUUUGAAAGCUCUGAAAACCCAUGAUUGUUUUUCUACUUUGCACGACGAUCCCCGAACAAUAUUGAAGACUCCUAAUUUCUCUACUCCUACUUUGAAAAUUGCUUUAGGGGAGUAUCUUCAUUUAGGUGUUGAACAGGGUCUUAGUCGCAUUCUUUUGUCCGCUCCUCCGGAAAUGAUUCGGUAA